AUGUGCGCUGCCACCCGCUACCCUGAGGCCAUCCCGCCGUGUAAAAUCACGUCCAGCUCUGUAGUCAUAGCACUGACCAAAUUCUUCUCCACAUUUGGCCUCCCUUGUGAGGAGCACCUCCACAUCCUUGAACAGGUGUUGGCUCGCCUUGCACGCGCCUCCCUUACCUUAAACCUUGCAAAGUGCGACUUCGGCAAAGCCACUGUCACCUACCUGGGGAGACAGGUGGGCCAGGGCCCAGUCAAACCCCUUACUGCCAAGCCUUUAACUGCGCUGAUGAGCCCCAAAGUUGACUUUGUUUGGUCCUCUACCUGUCAGCAUGCUUUUUACAGCGCUAAGUCCCUCCUUAGCCACGCCUCCGUCCUCGCAGCUCCCGACUUCUCCUGUGCCUUUAAACAAGAGGUAGAUGCCUCUGCCACGGGAGCAGGGGCCGUCCUGUUGCAGGUGGAUAUUGAUGGAGUCGACCACCCAGUGUGUUAUUUCUCUCUCUAUGGACAGACCACAGAGGGAACAGCAAGAACGGGAGAGAGCAACGCCAAAGCAGCAACACGAGGAGCCACCCUGAAGCAGAGAAGACCCUACUGUCCUGAGGGGCAGCAGCCAGGGCCGUUCGGUGGGUUCACUCCAGCCUGGGCAGAUAGCGGGGCCAUGCUGUUUCCUGGGAAGAGAGGAGAGCCAGCGUGGGGAGUCGCUGCAAAGCCUGGGCAGAUAGCGGAGCCACGCUGUUUCCUGGGCAGAGAGGAAAGCCAGCAUUGGGACUUGCUGCUGGGGUGCCAAGAGGCCGUGGAGAGGAGCUGGUGGACAGACAUGGAGCCAGCAUUCUGCUUUGAGUCCAGAAACAAUUCGUGCUUGAAGAAAAACUCUCCCAUGCCCCUACGUGUCACUCUUUACUUCAUUAUUGGGGUCAUAAUCAUUCUAACAGUGUGUGGAAACUUUCUGGUCACUUUCUCUAUCGCUUAUUUUAAGCAGCUCCAUACUCCAACCAACUACCUGAUUUUAUCUCUGGCUAUGUCUGACCUCCUUGUUGGGAUGGUUGUCAUGUUCCCCAACAUGAUACGACUUGUAGAGUCUUGUUGGUAUUUUGGUGAUUUCCUCUGUAACAUCUGCUUAAGUUUUAAUGUCUCAUUGAUUACAGCAUCAAUCAUAAAUCUGUCAUUCAUUUCUAUUGACCGAUACUACGCUGUUUGCCACCCUCUGCUUUACAGAACAAGAAUAUCUACUAAUGUUGUGUUGAUCAUGAUUCUUCUCUGCUGGACUAUUUCACCCAUCAUAGGUUUUGGAAUGAUUUUCAUGAAAUUAAAUAUUUUGGGAAUUGAGGAGUUUUACUACAAUCAUUUUAUGUGUGAAGGACAAUGUGCUUUGGUUCAGGGAAAAAUUUCAAGUACAGUCUCUUCCAUUGUUUCCUUUUACCUGCCCGCAAUAAUACUGCUCGGGGUUUAUCUAAAGAUAUUUCUGGUGGCACAGAGACAGUUUAAGAACAUAAAGAAUGCAGGCUGUGUGAACUCAGUAAAAACAUCAAACAAAAGUCAGACCAAAGCCACUAAAACACUGGCUAUUGUAAUGGGGGCUUUUCUUUCUUGUUGGACUCCAUUGUUUGUCUGUGUCAUCACUAAUCCUUACGUAAGUAACUCAAUACCACAAUUAUUGUUGGAAACAUUAGUGUGGUUGGGCUAUUUUAAUUCAGCCAUGAACCCUAUAAUAUAUGCGUUCUUUUACAGUUGGUUCAGAAAAGCAUUUCAGUUGAUAACCUCAGGUAGUAUCUUUAAAUCUGACCUUUCAGAGACAAAACUUUUCACUGAAUAA